AGAAAAUCCAUAGCUUAAUUUUAUCUACAUGAUUCUUAGCAUUUAAAUCUCAACUAAUUUUAUCUAUAUCGUUUAUGGGGUAGUCCAGAAUAGAAAUGUUCACUAACUUGGAAAUGUAGAGUUUAAAUGACACUAAAGUUUUCUGGGGUUUGGGCAUCUUGAAUCAUUGGCCUGAAAUGCCAACUUAUGUGUUAGUGAAUAAAACUGCUCCAAGUUAAACCCUGGUUACCUCCAUUAACUACUUAAGAUUUAAAAAAAAGACAAUGUUGGAAAUGCUCAGCAGGUCAGCCAUCACCUAUAGAGAGAGAAACAGAUUUAAUGUUUCAGGUCAACAACCUUCAUCAGAACUGGAAAAAGUCAGAGAUAUAAAAUUUUUCAAAAAAAUAUAGAGGCAGUGAAAGGACAAAACAAAAGCAAAGGCCAGUGGUAGGUAAAAUUCAGGAGAGAAAAUGACAAAAUCAUGCGGUAUUGGGACAAGUCGAGAGGCCAUAACAGAAUCAUUACCAGCAACUACUGCUGCCUUGAAAAAAGGAGCAGUGGUUAUGAUAUGAAAUUGUUGAACAUGAUGUUCAGUCUGGAAGGUUGUAAAGAUGAGAUCUUCUUCCUUGAGCUUCCUUUGAACUUCAUUGGAAGAGUAUGAAGCCAAUGACAAGAGAGGUCAGAAUGGAAGUGGGAUGAAGAAUUGAAAUGGGUUCUUUUCUUUCCCAAGUCUUGGGCAAAUACUCUAUUAAGUGCGUUGGCUAAAAAAUUGGCAACUAAACAACAUCUUCAGAUUGCUCCAAUACAACCUCAGUAUUUCUCCAGCCAGUGCAUUUCCAGAGGUGUCACUGAAUUGGCCAUGAUGUCGGCUCAUAACCCUGAAGAGGACAUCAAUCUCUACACUCCUCCCAUGGCAGUACGUGGUAUUACUGAACUGAACAGAGAUUUAUUUAGAAAGCAUGUGGCUCUUCCAGCUCUUAAGGUGAAAAAGGACGUAGUGAACAAAGUCAUGAAAUCAUUGAAAAAUUCAGCACUGAAAAGACCUGGACUAAAGCGUGUGAUUGAAGACUCUGAAGAUGAAAUGUAUAGACUUGUUUUAUUGGACCCAUUCAAAAUAUCGUGCUCAGAAUCUUUUGAGGUCUCCGAGAAGGCUGUUCUAAAGGAAUAUAAUGUUGAUCUUCAGAUUCACAUGUAUCAUUUAGCAAUGACUUAUGAACAUUUUAAACCUGAAGAGAUUCUAAAGGCUGUUUUGCCUGAAGGACAAGAUGUAACCUCUGGAUUUAGUAGAGUCGGCCAUAUUGCUCACAUGAACCUUCGAGACCAUCAGCUUCCUUACAAGUAUUUGAUCGGCCAAGUUAUAAUGGAUAAGAAUCCUGGAGUAACUUUAGUGGUUAAUAAAACCAAUAUUAUUGACAACACUUACCGUAAUUUUCAGAUGGAAAUACUAGCUGGGGAAGACAAUAUGAUAGCAAAGGUCAAGGAGAACAAUAUAACGUAUGAAUUUGAUUUUUCCAAAGUCUAUUGGAAUCCUCGGCUCAGCACAGAACAUAGUCGAAUAGUUGAUCUCUUGAACCCUGGAGAUCUUGUGUAUGACGUGUUUGCUGGUGUUGGACCUUAUGCUGUUCCAGCAGCGAAGAAAAACUGCAGAGUCAUGGCAAACGAUCUGAACCCAGAGUCAUUUAAGUGGCUAGUCCACAACUGCAAGCUGAACAAAGUAGACAAAAAAGUACAGGCAUUCAAUAUGGAUGGCAGGAACUUUAUUUUGGGCCCAGUUAAAGAUGAUUUAGUAAAACAAAUUGAAGUACUCUCAUCAAAGGAGAACAAAACCUCAUUUCACAUAGUUAUGAACUUGCCUGGUUUGGCUAUCGAGUUCUUGGAUGUCUUCAGAGAACUCCUGGAGGAGCAGAAUCCAGUUGAUGCUUUACUCACAGUCCACUGCUAUAGUUUUUCCAAGUCUGAUGAACCUGCCAAAGAUGUUCAGAGAAGAGCAGAAGAUUUCCUAAGAACCUCUUUAGAGGGACAUUGCUCUAUCCAUUUGGUUCGGAAUGUGGCCCCAAACAAGGAAAUGAUGUGUUUAAGUUUUAAGGUCCCUGCUGAGGUGCUGUACCGAAAUCACAUGGCAAAAGGAGACAAUACUGAAGAACCAGCUCCAAAACGUCUACGGCCAGAUGAGAUUACUGCCUCGGAAGGACCACAGUGACUUGUGAUAAAUGAGCAACAUCAUUUUUAGCAGUUAAGAAACCGAAUACAGUGCAAUUUAAUUACCAGUCAGUAAAAGGAAUCUCAGAAUGUUUGCAUCAUUUCCUGGACUCCAUUCUCCUGGUCAUGAUUUGCUUCUAUAAACAGCCAGUGAUUUGUUAUAAUGGGUAAUGAAGCCCUCUCAAGGGCUCACUUUUUUCUUGCUUACCAGGAUAGAAUUCAAUAUCCACAGUGGAAAGACUAUCAUGUUAAUAAGCAACCAAUGGGAAAUCCUGCCUUCAGCAACACCAUUAGAACUGCAAAUAUAUAUAUAUAUAUAUAUAUAUAUAUAUAUUUUUUUUUUUAACGUGUAUUCUACAUUAGUCAUUCUAGUUUUUGGAUUUGAAAUAGCCUGAGUUAUGUUCUGCACAGCAGAGAACAUUUCAGUAGAUUUAAUAAUAGAUGGCUUUAGCCCAACUGCAGUAAAAUAAAUUGCAUUUGUCAUAAAUAUAUUUUCUUCAGCUGUGGUGUGUCAUUGUUAGGGCUUCAGUUUACAGGAGUAAUGAAGCAAUUUGUAUUUUAUUGAAAGACUAGAUUAAGUUAUUCAUCUAACGAGUAACAAUGACACUUUUUUAAUUAAUUGUAAAUCAUGAAGUAAAAUGUCCUGAGAUUGUUUAGAGUGGAGUGCUUGUUCAUUAAGCACUUUUGUACAUUUAACUCAUUUGCAGUACACUGCUGUUGAGAUAUUAGACCUUCCGCCUCAAUUUGGUCUACUCUGAUACAGUACAGUAAUGACACUGCUGUGAUCUGAUUAUUUUCUUUUAAUAUCAAAGGCAAUGAAAACCAGUCAAAUAGUUUGCUUAGCAUCAUAGAAGUUAAAGAAGUAGGAUGAGAGUAAAGUACUUUGCAGUUUAAUGAUGUAGUUAUAAAUCUGGUUUGCUGGGCUCUUGCAAUUAAUAUGUCCCUAACUGUCUUAAAAAUGUGACUGAACUUAAUUCUAAAAUAGUUUCGUGUAUAGGCUGCAGCUAAUUAGACAGGUUUGAUUUAUUUUUAGUGCUUAGUAUUUUGUUCAAUGUGAAUAGUCUUGAUGCUGGGGAAUGGAACAUAUUCCUGCUUUUAUAAAAGCACUGUACUGCGGAUGCCAGAAAUCUCAAAUAAAAACAGAACAUUCUGGAAA